CGGCGAGAACCGACUCCGUUCCUAUGCAAUUAUGCAUGAAAUCUACUAUCGAGCAGUGUUCAACAGAAGUAGCUCCUACGACGGAACAGUGUCUAAUAAAAGAUACACGACACCAAGGAAAAACGAUGCUGAUGUACACGCCCAGACAAGGGGCACCGAUCCAAGCAGCCUUAGCUUGUGCAGUUCUAACAGACUCAGGCGAGACAAACAAGCUAUUGAAAAAACACAACGUUGGAAACGUUGUGUCGUGCAUCGCAUGCCACGACGUACCCUCUAUCCCUCGACAAGCCCCACAGACUUCCAAGUUCGCAGAUGCUGUCUGGGCGUGUUCGCAGGUCGCAAUCACUCCACACAUUCAUUAUCGCCUGGUUCUCGAUAUUGUGGGCAAGCAGUUGUAUGAAUUUGCAAGCUCUCAUCAGCUCGUCACAGCCGUUCGUGACGCACUAAUUGCCCACAAGGAUGCAUAUCAUAAUGCGGGGGUAUUACAUCAAGACCUUAGUGUUGGAAACAUUGUUAUCCACGAUGGCAAGGGCAUCCUCAUUGAUUGGGACCUAUCAAAUUUGAUCAACAUCAAAGGUGCUCGACAAGUAACCCGUAUGGGAACCCUGCAAUUCAUAUCGGCUGACCUGAUCGCAAAUAGAAAAACCAAACAUGAUGUCGAGGAUGACCUGGAGUCCAGCUUCUACGUCGUUCUAUGGACUGCCUUACUGUGCACGAAGACUCACUUGACCAUCCCUGCACGAUCAUUACUCAUGAAGCAGGUCUUCGAAGUUGCUGAAUUGGAGGGGGUUGUAUUUGAUACGAAAUCGCCUUUUCUCAUCUCGAGAUCACGCUUUGGGAGCGAUGUAUUUGUCAACCGCAAACCGCUUGACAAGCUUGUUCUUGCACUUGCUGAGUUCUUCGCGAUUCGGUAUAAAUGGGUUACUCAGGAGGAGCAGAAUGCUUAUGACCAAGGAUGCGUCUGUAUGGAGGAGGCCAAACUAAGCGCCACUGAAAUGGUCCUCAUCACGAACCUCUGGAAGGCAAAUCCUGCCUACAAGUUGAAAAUGUACAUGGAGAUUUUGAAGUUGCACAAGUUGCACGACAAAAUCAUAGAAAUUUAUGAUUCUCACCUUCGAUUAGACGGCUGGCCUCAUCAGUGA